AUCACAACGACAACCAAAAACAAAAGUAUCUUUACGAGCCUGGAGCCCAUUGACGCGAACGUUCUCUACACAGCCUUCUAGCGGAGGGUAGCUUCGCUAUCAAUACUACGAUAGAGUUACAUAGUCUGGGUGCUCGCCAUGUCGACAUUGCAAUAGAAAGCAGUGGAGGACAUGCAAAGCAGCGGGCGUCCGUCAGGUGGACAAAUGCAGGAAUUGUUUGCUUCACCAGUAACGAUCUCAAAUCGUUUGGACUGCACUUUCCUCGCAGUCAAACUCACCCCUCCAUGCUACGAUUAACCACGUAUCUUGGAGGCACCUUUUCGUCAACAACAAUGUUCGUUUGGAAGCAUGCGACAUGGUGACCAACAGCCCGGCCUAUACUGAGGCCACCGCCAACAACCUAGCCGAUCUCGAUCUCGACGAGGCAGACUAUCUCACAGAAACCGACGAUGAAAGUCAAGACGAUGCUCAAGCCUCACAGUCCACGGCAGAGUUGGAGCGAGAAGCCAAUAAAUCCGCCCUUAAUGAAUACGUCCUCAAGAACGCCGUGGCCAAAGAGCUUGCACCGACCUCUAGACAAGCAACGACAAGCCGGGCUGAGAGCAUCAUCGACAAGGCCCGUGAAUAUCAGCAGGAACUCUUCGAGCGUGCAAAAGACGAAAAUGUCAUCGCCGUUCUCGAUACAGGAAGCGGAAAGACCCUCAUCGCAGCGCUCCUGAUCCGACAUUUCCUACAGCAAGAGCUCAUUGACCGCAACAAUGGCAAGCCCGCAAAAAUCAUCUUCUUCCUCGUCAACAGUGUCCAUCUCGCCAGACAACAAGCCCGAUUCCUCGACAUCAAUCUUCCGCAGAAUGUGAUUCCUCUCUUUGGAGGUACUAGCGAGGAUUUAUGGAGAAAGGCCGGAUGGGAGGACAUCUUUGCCAAUAACUCCGUCGUUGUCUGCACCGCUGCCGUUCUCGACGCAUGUCUCAUGCACAGAUAUCUCACCAUUGGACAGAUCUCGCUGAUGGUUUUUGACGAGGCUCAUCAUUGUAAGAAGAAUCACCCAUACUCUAGGAUUAUCCGGGACUAUUAUCUCAAAUGGUCAGGAGAACGACCUCGAAUUUUUGGCAUGACUGCGUCUCCUUCCGACUCCAAAAGAGAUAUUGUUCAAGUGGUUAGCGAUCUCGAGGGCCUGCUACAAAGCAAGAUUGUAACAACCAACGAUCUGUCUGUUUUCGACUUUGCGCCAAGGGCGAAAGAUGAGAAAUGGAUAUAUGAGCCACUGCAAGCCGAAUUUGACACGGAACUGAACUCUGAGCUGCGUCAACUCUGCGGCUUCAUUGAAGACUUGGACAAGUACUUUUACUUCUCACGUUGGGCUUCAAGACAGCUCGGAGCAUGGGCUGCCGACCGAGUUUGGAAAUAUGGACUUCCCACCUCAGACCACGAGGCCACAAGCAUCAUCAGGCAGUUUGAGCGCAGCACAGCAUACACCGAAGAAACUGACAACGAGCGGCGGCAAGCUGCUUUGGAAUCCGUCCGCGAGGCUAUCUCUCUCGUCAAGAAACACCAUUUUGGUGCUCCACGAGUCGAUGUCGACCCUCAACUGUCACCCAAGGUGAGGUAUCUGUACAAAGAGCUCAAAGAUCGAUUCUCGCAGUCUCCAACAACUCGAGGAAUAGUGUUCGUCGACCAGAGAUUCACGGCUUUCAUCCUUUGCGACCUCUUCGACUCAUUGAAGCUCGCCAAUUUGAGGCCGGGUGUCCUUGUUGGUGUAGGUCAAGCCACCGCGGAGUCAAGCUCUUGGAAAGACCAAGAGGCUAUCAUGGAGAGGUUCCGCUCCGGCCUGAUCAAUCUAAUAUUCGCCACAAGUGUCGCCGAGGAAGGAAUCGAUAUUCCUCAGUGUGACCUGGUGAUCAGAUUUGACCUCUACAAAACUGCUAUACAGUACAUGCAGAGUCGUGGAAGAGCUAGGGUGAAGAACUCCAUCUUUGCGCACAUGAUUGAGGAGGGCGACAAGAAUCAGCAAGCUAAUGUCAAUUUCGCAAUUGAACAAGAUGAAUAUAUAAGGAGGUUCUGCCAGCAGCUACCUGCUGAUCGAUUACUAGGACAAGGCUCGAAGCUCAAGCAGCUGAUGACCAAGGACGCAAGCUGUCAGAGCUUUGUCACUGGGGCCGGAGUUGUGGCGAACUACAGUAACUCUCUGCUGCUUCUGACACGAUAUGUGGACUCGCUGCAGAAGGUCGGAGGCACUUCACGCGAAGUUUUCGAGGAAAUCAUCGAUACCGAAGCCGACAUGUUCAGAUACAAGGUCAUACUUCCGGCCAAUGAUGACCCACGAACCGCGCAAGUCAAGGGUGCUCGAGGUGAUGCACGUACGAACAAAGUUCUCGCCAAACGAUCCGCUGCCUGGCAUUGCUGUUUCAAACUGCGCAAAGCUUGUCUACUGGACGAGAAUCUUGACAGUAUCUUCGUGAGGGUGAAGCCAUCGAAUCUUAAUGCUCGUCUGGCAGUAUCGGAGAAGAAGGACGACUAUGACAAGAAGCUGAAACCGGACUUCUGGGUUGAAAGUGGUGUAGGAAGCUCAUCUUUGCCGACUGAGCUGUUUGUCACCAAAGUCUUGUUGACUAGCACAUUGACGUCCUCCACUCCCAAAGGAUUGCUGCUCUUCACGCGUUCGCCUCUGCCACAAUUUCCGAAUCUUCCUGUCUAUGUGGACGCCAACAUUGAAAAAGUCAUCAUUCUCCAUCAAUCGGACGCACCAAUAUCAGUCAGUACAGAGCAGAUCGAGGCAUUGACAAAGUACACACUCAAUGGAAUUUUCAAUGAUGUCUUCAACAAGAUUUACACUCUGGACUCAAAGGCCAUGAGUUACUGGUUGGCACCCUGGCUACCAGGGGUUGCUGAGGGGGCUUUCGAACAGGUCGUCAAUAUGAAUGAGCUUCGAGUUGGCGCAGAACUCGAACGCCAAAAAUGGACGCUGACAUCAAACGCACAAGAAGCGAACACCAUGGCUGCAAAUUGGUGCAAUGCAUUCCUUGUUGAUCCAGGCAGCGGAAGAUACCACUAUUUCACAGACCAGGUUGUACCCGGCAAAUCCAUCUGGGAUCAACCACACGAGAGUGCCACAGGCCUUCAAAAGCGACACAAAGACACUAUCAUUGAAUUCACGGAUAGUACUUGGAGAGCCAAAGGGAAGGACUUGAAGAUGUUCGCUAGUAGAUACGAUCCUCAUCAACCGGUGUUGAAGGCUAAAGUGGUCAUACCCGGACGCAAUGUCCUCGAGCCAUGUCCUCCAGAACAGCAACGCUUCGCAAUGUGCUACAUUGCACCUCAGCCAUUGGAGGUUGCGCGAGUGUCUUCGGCUGUGGCCGAGAUUUGUCAACUAUGGCCUUCAAUCCUGCACAGACUGGAAGCAUACCUGAUUGUCCGCGAGGCAUUCGUGAAGCUCGAUCUGACCGAGGUCCCUGCUCAUCUUGCAUUGGAAGCAUUUACCAAGGACAAUAGUGCAGGUGAUACAGAAGACCUUGAUAUUGGGUCUAUGCCCGACGACGCAGUUGCCGAAAAGACUGCACCCUUGAAUUAUGAACGACUCGAGUUCAUUGGUGAUUCACUUCUCAAGAUGAUGACCACUAUCACUGUCUUCAACCGCACCACGUGCAACGAAGAAGGCAUGCAUUGCAAACGCAUGGAGAUGCUAUCGAACAACAGACUGUGUUCCACUGCCUCAGCACCUCAUUAUGAACUGUUUCAGUACAUCCGUGCGAGCUCCGAGGACCACUGGCGCGAUACAUGGUACCCGCAAUUGUUGAAGCAGAUCAAAGGUCGCGUUAUCAAGCUGACCGACAAACACCACAAACAUGCAUUGGGCAAGAAGACGAUAGCAGAUGUCUGUGAGGCCACGAUCGGAGCGUGCAUCAUGACAAGCCAGCACUUGCCUACCGAAAAGAAAUUCGAUCUGGGCAUCAAAGCCAUCACCAAGCUCGUCGAGGACCCCGACCAUGCCAUCACCUCCUGGAAAGAGGUCGCCCCAAUGCACAAACCACAGCCAUGGAGCCUAGCGACCAACGACCCCGUUGCCAAUGAUCUCGCACGCAAAGUCGAAGCAAUCACGGGUUACAAGUUCAAAACCCCUCGCCUCGCCCGCUCAGCAUUCACGCACUCUUCUGAUCAGAACUCUCCUGUUCCUGAUCUCCAACGUCUUGAGUUUCUAGGUGACGCCUGCCUCGACUGGGUGUGCAUAUGGUGGCUUUUCUCAAACAAUCCGACCCGGGGGCCGCAGUGGCUGACCGAGCACAAAAUGGCCAUGGUCUCAAACAAGUUCCUUGCCGCUCUCGCCGUGGUUCUCGGCUUCAACAAGCUCAUCUAUGCGUCGACGCCGGCUCUCUACGGCGAGAUCGCAAGCUACGCCAUCAAGGUCGAGGAAGCGUACCACCAAGAAGACGUCAAGCCCGACUUUUGGACGCGUCUGUCCUCGGGCCUGGCUCCGCCCAAAGCUCUCGCCGAUCUGGUCGAAAGCUACCUCGGCGCCGUCCUCGUUGAUUCGGGCUUCAACUUCCGCGAGAUUGAAUUAUUCUUCGAGAAACACGUCAAGUGGUUCUUCGAAAACAUUGAGGCUUACGAUACAUUUGCUAACCGGCACCCGACUACGCACCUGUUCCGCCUGCUGCGCGAAGAGUUCCGGUGCCGCAAAAGUGGGCCAGAAGUCAUCGAGGGUGCGACCACACCUGCAACCACGACGCCGGACCGAGAUGAAGAUGAUGACGGUGCUGGAGACCAGUCCGUUGCAGGUGUUGUCGUGCAUGUUGCUUGGUUUGUGCAUGGGCGUAUCGUUGCUGCGAGUAAAGGGCAGGGCGUCAAGUAUGCGAAAGUGAGGGCGAGUAAGUCAGCGCUCAAGAUAUUGGGCAAGCUCAAGGUAGAUGAGUUCAGGAAGGAAUGGGGUUGUGAUUGUGCGCGUCAGGGCGAAAAGGGAGGUGAUGAGCAUGAGGAUGGUGGAACAGACAAGGCCAGUGGUAGACCUGAUGUUGUGAAUGACCACAAGGCCUAGGCAUGGCAGCUACUGGCUGGAAUCUGGAUCAGGAAAGCCAGAUGAUGACCACCACUGUGAGCACGAGAGGCUGCUCUUACCAAGUAAGAUCCACGUGGCUAUGAAACAAAUGAUAGACAUGGUUAUGAUGAAA